AUGAGUUCAGAUGCCAGCCAAGGUGUGGUCACUACUCCUCCUCCCCCCAGCAUGCCUCACAAAGAGAGAUAUUUUGACCGCAUCAAUGAGAAUGACCCAGAAUACAUUCGGGAGAGGAACAUGUCUCCUGAUCUACGGCAAGACUUCAACAUGAUGGAGCAGAGGAAACGAGUUACUCAGAUCUUGCAAAGUCCUGCCUUUCGGGAAGAUCUGGAAUGCCUUAUCCAAGAACAGAUGAAGAAAGGCCACAACCCAACUGGAUUGCUGGCAUUACAGCAGAUCGCAGAUUACAUCACGACCAAUUCUUUCUCGGGCUUUACUUCACCUCCUCUCAGUCUCGGCAUGGUCACACCUAUCAAUGACCUCCCUGGGGCAGAUACAUCCUCCUACGUGAAGGGAGAGAAACUUACUCGCUGUAAGCUUGCCAGCCUGUAUAGACUCGUGGACUUGUUUGGAUGGGCACACCUGGCAAAUACCUAUAUCUCCGUAAGAAUAAGUAAGGAGCAAGACCACAUAAUAAUAAUUCCUAGAGGCCUGUCUUUUUCUGAAGCCACAGCCUCCAAUUUGGUGAAAGUCAAUAUCAUAGGAGAAGUGGUUGAUCAGGGAAGUACUAACUUGAAAAUUGACCACACAGGCUUCAGUCCCCAUGCUGCGAUCUAUUCAACACGUCCUGAUGUUAAGUGUGUGAUACACAUCCAUACCCUGGCAACAGCAGCUGUAUCCUCCAUGAAGUGUGGGAUCCUUCCAAUUUCUCAAGAGUCCCUCUUCCUGGGAGAUGUCGCCUAUUAUGACUACCAAGGGUCACUUGAUGAACAGGAGGAGAGAAUUCAACUACAGAAAGUUCUGGGGCCAAGUUGUAAGGUGCUGGUACUCAGAAAUCAUGGUGUGGUAGCCCUUGGAGAAACGAUUGAGGAGGCUUUUCAUUAUAUAUUUAAUGUGCAGAGAGCCUGUGAGAUUCAGGUGCAGGCAUUAGCAGGGGCAGGUGGAGUAGACAAUCUGCUUGUGCUGGAUCUUCAGAAGUAUAAAUCUUUCACUCAUGCUAUAGCAACAGAUGGAGGAGGAGGAGUGAAUAUGGGCUCCCAUCAAAAAUGGAAGGUUGGCGAGAUUGAGUUUGAAGGGCUGAUGAGGACUCUGGAUAAUUUGGGGUAUAGAACAGGCUAUGCUUAUAGGCAUCCUCUCAUUCGAGAGAAGCCUAGGCACAAGAGUGACGUGGAAAUCCCAGCAACUGUGACCGCUUUUUCCUUUGAGGAUGACACAGUGCCACUCUCUCCUCUCAAAUACAUGGCACAGAGACAGCAGCGUGAAAAAACAAGAUGGCUGAACUCACCAAAUACUUACAUGAAAGUGAAUGUGCCUGAGGAGUCUCGGAAUGGGGAAACCAGUCCCAGGACCAAAAUCACAUGGUUGAGAGCAGAGGACUCUUCUAAAGUUAGUAGUGGAACACCUAUCAAAAUUGAAGAUCCAAAUCAAUUUGUUCCUUUAAACACAAACCCGAAUGAGGUACUAGAAAAGAGAAAUAAGAUUCGAGAACAAAACCGGUAUGACUUGAAAACAGCUGGACCACAGUCGCAGUUGCUUGCUGGAAUUGUUGUGGACAAGCCCCCUUCUACCAUGCAAUUUGAAGAUGACGAUCAGGCCCCACCAGCUCCUCCCAACCCCUUCAGUCAUCUCACAGAAGGCGAGCUUGAAGAGUAUAAGAAGACAAUCGAGCGUAAACAGCAAGGCCUGGAAGAUGCUGAGCAGGAAUUACUCUCAGAUGACGCUUCAUCUGUUUCACAAAUUCAGUCUCAAACUCAGUCACCGCAAAAUAUCCCUGAAAAAUUAGAAGAAAACCAUGAGCUAUUUUCCAAGAGCUUCAUCUCCAUGGAGGUGCCCGUCAUGGUGGUGAAUGGCAAGGAUGAUACGCAUGAUGUUGAAGAUGAGCUUGCGAAGCGAGUGAGUAGAUUAACCACAAGCACGACCAUAGAGAACAUCGAGAUUACCAUUAAGUCUCCAGAAAAAAUUGAAGAAGUCCUGUCACCUGAAGGCUCCCCUUCAAAAUCGCCAUCCAAGAAAAAGAAGAAAUUCCGUACUCCUUCUUUUCUGAAAAAGAACAAAAAAAAGGAGAAAGUUGAAGCCUAA